GCGGAAGUUGUUUCAGCUGCCAUGUUUGGCCGCUUUGUUGUAAGAUUGUGUGCGAGCUUUAUUCCGAAAGUGUGGAAAUGGAGCCGAGCUGGAGUACGUUUCUUUUUCAACAGGCAAAUGAAGCCCUCCACCACCAGCACCAGGUGGCUCAGAAUAGCUUGCUGCCACUUCUUAAUGCGGGAGCUGAACCAGUUGACCAGAAGCCUGUGCUGCCCAUCCAAAUGGACCAGAAGCCCCCUUCGAGUGCUGCAGAUCUCCUGAAAGACAGCAUAGUCAGUGGAGGGGGUGUACGGCCACCAGUGCCUGUGAUAAAGAAAGAACACAAAGGCAAAACGCCUUUUGUCUGUGGUUACUGCAACAAAGCUUUUCGUGACAGCUAUCACCUGCGACGUCAUGAGUCCAGUCACACAGGCAUCAAGAUGGUCUCACGACCAAAGAAAACUGCUCAGGCGGCCCCUACCAUGGUACCCAUGAUCUCAGCAAUGCCACGAGAGAACAAUGGUAACCCUUCCUACAUCUCAACAGUAGCAGGUAUCCUCUCCACAGCAACCACCUCUGUUUCCUCAGGCACUAGCAUCAUGACACCUUCGGCAAUGGGAAAUGUGCCUCAGGCAAACGCCCCGAAGAAAGUCAUUAAACCCGUCAAGAAGAACCACGGGUGCGAAAUGUGUGGCAAGGCAUUUCGUGAUGUCUACCACCUGAAUCGCCACAAGCUGUCCCAUUCAGAUGAGAAACCUUUCGAGUGUCCAAUCUGCCAGCAACGCUUUAAAAGGAAGGACCGAAUGACCUACCAUGUUCGAUCUCAUGACGGGGGAGUCCAUAAGCCCUACGUCUGCUCUGUGUGUGGAAAAGGCUUUUCCAGGCCUGACCACUUGAGCUGUCACGUGAAGCAUGUGCACUCAUCAGAAAGACCAUUUAAAUGUCAAGUAACGGCCUGUACCUCUGCUUUUGCCACCAAAGAUAGACUCCGUUCCCACAUGAUCAGGCAUGAAGGCAAAGUGACCUGUAGCAUCUGUGGGAAGAUGCUGAGUGCAGCUUACAUCACCAGCCAUUUGAAGACUCAUGGACAGGCGAACUUUAACUGUAAGCAAGAGAGUAAUGAAGUCUGCAACUCUGCCUCUGCAACACCGGUGACAGCUUCUGCCCCCAUCACCACGGCGAUGAAUCGAGGAAACGGCACCAACAACCCUGUCACCAUAGCAGCACAAAUGAACAUCAGCACCAACACAGUCAACAUCACAUCACCUGUGAGCCUCCAGCACCCGGUCACCAUCACGGGACCCGUCAAUAUUGCCUCAGUCAACAUCCCCGCCACAGCGCCAAUGAACAUCGCCCACCCAGUUGCAAUAACGACGCCAAUGCCCAUGAACAUAGCCGGUCCCCUCAACAUCGCCAUGAGGCCAGUGGAAACCAUGCCUUUUCUGUCCCAAGUCUUGCCUUCUUCCCCACCUUGGUAGGAAAAAAAUAAAAGAUUGGGGUUGGGGGGAGGGGUUCAAAGUAUCUGCCACGCAACAACAAAAGGGAAAUAUAGUGAAACGGCACAUUUGUCCUCAUCUUCACCUGAAGCUCAACUUGUAUGUGAGCUGUGCAGCCAGUAGGAGGCGCCCAAGUCACAGCUGCAGCCCCACUUAUGUUACGUGACUUAUUUGUGAAGCAGCGCUGGAGUAGAAAUCAUAGGCUUUAUCUUGAACUUAGACAAACUGUAAAAACUUAGCGUAGCGAGGAUGACGAAACUGUGCAGGUCAGCAAGUGAAAGGACGGAACGUCUGCAGCAGGCUGGAGGGACUCCUGGCAAAUUCCUCUUGUGCGCUGUUUGGAAACAUGAGAACAAACAUGAACUGAAGCAAUAAGUAUGAAUUGCUGCUUUUAUUGUCUUCAUAUUGUCUUGGGGAAAACCCCUCACUUUUACUUUGUUUUUAUUUUUGUUAAAACUAAAAGUUAUUUUGAGUUUGUUUUAUUUGCCAAUCACUAUUUAAUGUCAUAGGAAAGACUGUAGAAUGAGGAAUGUUGGCUUCCAUGUGGAUGAAGAAAUGCUUUUUUUUUUUCUUCCUCACAGUACUUCAGCUUUUUUUUUUUUUUUUCUUCCUCGACAGGUAGGAAUCAUGCUCUAGAGGUACACUGACUAACUCCUAGAAUUGACAUUAAUUUUCAUAAGUGAUAUCUUGAUGCUGUCCUGUCUUGACUAUGAAAUAUUUGUGCUUCUUUUUUAUGGAAUCAGAUUGUUUUAUGAAUCUCUUUUUCGUGUUUGUCCAUGAGGUCAGAAUGGAGUAUGUGUUGCACUGAAAGCGUAUCCUUCCAGGUGAACAGUAUUAUCUAAGAUCAAAUUGGAGUCUUAAGUGUUGUUGUGAGCCAGCUUGCACUUGAGGGCCAUCUUGUGGCCAAAUGUGGGACAGACUUGCCUUGGAGUGAAGCUUUUUUUUUUUUAGGCUGUUACUGUUAUAAUAACAGAUUGUUUUAUUUGAGUCUUCUUCGUUACACUGUUUUUAAUUGCCUCUGUGACACCCCCAGCAUGAUUUUAAGGAUUCAUCCCUCAGGAAACAGGAAUGCUCACCACCACUCAUGAACUUGAUUUCUUUUAAGUGCAUCAGCCGUGUAUCCUGAUUGUGGAUUUUUGACUGUCAGGAUCAAAGAUGAGAGUUAAAUGCAGCCGUCCUGCUAAGCGGUCAUCUGCUGUCAUGUCCUACAUGCUGGACGACUUCACGCUUCCUUAAAGAGUCCAGCUCAGUCUCAGGCUGAGAUUUGAAUGACUUUUGACAGAACUGAUGAAACCAUCUUGACCUUGCAUGACCCCAAACACUGUAGCUGUUGAACCAUGUUUUGUUUGUUCUUUUCUUUUUGUUAAAGGAAUGGUGUGCUAUCUUGACAGUGUUGCAGCUCUUUGAGUUGACUUUCUUUUUUAAAUGAAAAAUGCAAUUUGCAUGUCAUUUGUUUGAAAAUGUUAGUGUAGUCUUUGUUUUGUUUUGCAUUUUAUAUAGAUACACUAAAAUAGCUUGUUUGCCAAAUUUAAUACAGUAAUGUGAUAAAACUGAACAUUUCAUGUUGAAUCAAACUUUUUUUAAGGAGAAAAAAAAAUUGGAAAUUGCAGGACUCUUCUAAAAGCGGUUGAAUGUAUAUCUUUGUACAAGGAUAUGGUAGUUAACUAUAGAUGUGAAAGAUGAAAUAACCUUUUUUAACAAAAUCUUUUGUAUUAGAACAUUAACGAUGGUAAUUUUUGUAUAUAUGAGAGUUUAGGCUUUCUGAUUAGCAGAAAGAAACAUUCCUACAUUUUUUUAAAUGUAUGUUUGUCAAAUUAUUACAUAAACAUGCCCAGUGUUGUGCCUUUUAUUUGGGUUGUCUAAAUAAAAGAAAACUGCCA